UUUGUGACCGUCAUAGGCUCACAGCUAACUGCCGAACUAAUAAACGCACACUCUUCAUUUUAGUCGCAACUCAAAAUCUUUCAAAGUGAGAUCAAUUCCAAAUCUGCUCGAGCGAUCUUUUGAAAUUGAUAUGGUUUUCUUUAGCAGAAAGACCAGAUUUCACAACAGGACUCGAAGGUCCAUUUCGAUUAAGCCUUUGCGUUGUUCAGUUGGGCAUGAAAUUGAAGGUGAUGAGAUUAUAAUAAAGCCUAACGGACUAUUGAAAGAGAAGGCUACUAAGUUCUCUUUCGAAGGGACGAUUCCUGAUCUUCGUGGUUUUCUGCUUGUUACAAUGGUAGGGACUAAUCAUUCUGCCACUAUCACAGCUAAACACGUGCGACUUUGUGCUGAUAUAUUUUUUAAUGGCAAUAAAAAGACUGGACUUACUAUCACCGCCAUCACAGAAGAGCUUUGGGAUUAUAAGCCUUUCAGUUGGAUUUCAAGAAACAAUGUUGAAAGGAAAGAAAUUCAGAUAUACCCUGCAGUUCAAUUGAGCAAUUCAGAUGAAAUUGCUGCAGUUUAAAAUAAGAGCUAGGCGUCGUUCAUCAACAAUUCUCUCUGCAUUACUUUUCCUGGUGAUUUGGUGGGGUUCUGGAUGUAACGGCAUCUUGGUCUCUAUGGCAUUUAGGCAAUUUUGUAUGUAAUGGUUGGAUGUGUGUGAUUCGUCUAGAGAUAUCUUUUCCAAGAAUUAUGAUGAUAAAAUCUUGAAUUAAUUGUGAAUAUUUACAUGUCAUUUAGUUGAGGAAUGUUGUCUUAAAAUUAAUUAAUGUUAUUCUUGUCUAUGUAAUGUACUAGUACUACUGCGUAGAGCAAUCUUUAUUAACGAAAAAUGUACAGAAAAAAGAAAAUUGUAUAAAGUUGAAGAGGAGUUGUAAGAAA